AUGUCGGCGGCGGCCGCGGCCCGGGACGGGCUCGGGGAGGGCGCGGGCGGCGCCGCGGGCGGCGGCGAUGGCGGCGGGGGAGGGAUCCUGAACCGCUUCGUGCAGCUGCCGGGCAGGCCGCGGGCGGCGGGCCACCGGUGCCCCCCGGCCAGGAGCGGCCAUCGCUGCGUGGCCGACAGUUCCAACCUCUACGUCUUCGGGGGCUACAACCCCGACUACGAUGAGUCUGGGGGCCCAGAGAACGAGGACUACCCCCUCUUCAGGGAGCUCUGGAGGUACAACUUUGCCACGGACACCUGGCACCAGAUGGGCACCGAGGGCUACAUGCCCAGGGAGCUGGCCUCCAUGUCACUUGUUUUACAUGGCAACAACCUGCUGGUGUUUGGGGGCACCGGGAUCCCCUUUGGGGAGAGCAACGGCAACGACGUCCACGUGUGCAACGUCAAGUACAAGAGAUGGGCUCUGCUCAGCUGCCGCGGCAAGAAACCCAACCGCAUCUACGGCCAGGCCAUGGCCAUCAUCAAUGGGUGUCUCUACGUGUUUGGAGGAACAACUGGCUACAUCUACAGCACUGACCUGCACAAGCUGGACCUCAACACCCGGGAAUGGAUCCAGCUGAAGCCAAACAACAUGUCCUGUGACAUGCCAGAGGAGAGGUACAGACAUGAAAUUGCUCAUGAUGGUCAAAGGAUUUAUAUCCUGGGAGGUGGAACUUCCUGGACAGCUUAUUCCUUGGAUAAGAUCCACGCCUACAACCUGGAGACCAACACCUGGGAGGAGAUCACCACAAAGCCCCACGAGAAAGUCGGCUUCCCAGCAGCCAGAAGAUGCCACAGCUGUGUGCAGAUAAAAAAUGAUGUGUUCGUGUGUGGGGGCUACAAUGGAGAGGUGAUCCUGGGAGAUGUUUGGAAGCUGAACCUCCAGACUUUCCAGUGGGUGAAGCUGCCAGCUGCCAUGCCAGAGCCUGUGUACUUCCACUGUGCUGCUGUCACCCCAGCUGGCUGCAUGUACGUGCACGGAGGGGUGGUCAACAUCCACGAAAACAAACGGACUGGCUCCCUGUUCAAAAUGUGGCUGGUGGUGCCCAGCCUGCUGGAACUGUGCUGGGAGAAGCUCCUGGAAUGUUUCCCUCACCUAGCAACUCUGUCCAGAUCCCAGCUUUUGCACCUUGGACUGACGCAGGGACUCGUGGAGCGACUAAAAUGAGCAAUCUCCCACUUGUGUCCAAGACUCACCACGUUGAAGAACUCCCCCUCCCUCCCCCUAUUUAUGGAUUCCAUGGAUGGUCUUGCUAAGAACAUGGAGGAACCUGCUCAAGGCCUUACUCAGCAAAUACAUCAAUGCCUUUCCAGACAUGGUUACUUUUAGUCAUUGGAAAAAAAGAAAGUCCCCUUUUUUUUUUUUUAUGGAGCUCUGUUAAGUAAUCCAAAAGUAUUUUCUGAGACUAAGCAGCCAACCAGCAACCUGUCAUCAGCACACGCUUGUAAUUAAUUGGGGAGCUUAAUGAGCCACUGAAUGUGUGAGCCCGUGCUCAGCGUGGCACCUUCACCUUGGUGCUGCCAGCGUGGCAUCCAGCGAGGGACACGACGCAGAACGGGCACCAAGCUGCCCUUUGGCUGGGGCUGCCCCAUCCCUGGCAGCCAGCUGAGCUCCCUGCCCAAAGCCAGCCCGUUCCUCCAGCCCUGCAUGUGUCCAUGGGCAUGUUCCCACCACGUUCCCACCACGAUCCCACCCCGAGCCUCUGGAGACGGCUGGAACGUCGCCCAGGCCAGCCCAGCCCAGCCCAGCCCAGCCCUGCAGCUCCCCCGGUGCAGUGUCUGUGUCCUCCCCUUCUCACACUCUAAGGUUUGCUUGGAAGACUGGGAAAAAGUUGCCACUUAAGGGAUUACUGUGUAGUUUACUGGGGGUGGGGAGGAAAAGGUUUUCCUGAAGCUUUUUGAACCCUUUUGGCUCGCUUUGCACCCACAAUGAGCUGCAGCAAAAACUUACCCUGUGGAUUUCAGAGCUCUUUGAACCUGCUCAGCCAAGCCAUGGCUCUCAGCAUCUCCCAGCUUUUGGUUUUCCUUCCUCCCUACACACCCCAAAAACUGGCUUUUUUCUUCUUGUUUCACGUUCCCCUGAGGGUGGGAGAUGUGAUUCAAAGCUGGUUUGGGAGUGGCUUUGUGGGUCACUCAGCCCAGGAAAUACAGCAUCCAAAAAGGGGAGAGGGAACAACUGUCCCUCCUGGUGGGGACAGGCAUUGUCUGUGCACAGGAAGGGGUGGCUCUGGUUCUCUUGUGCUCUCUACACUGCAUUUGUUUAAGUGGCCACUGAACUCUGAACAGCUCCAGGCAUGAGGUUUGUGCAAAAUCCUUUUCAGUUGGAGCCCAUUUUUAAGUGCCUUUUGUUUUUAAAAUCAGCUUUUCCCAAUGCUUUCUUCUUCAUCAAAGGCAGAGGUUACACUCUGAGGUUUUAGUUUCUUUUUAAGAAAUUGCAUUUAUGUUUAAAUAAACCAUAACAUUAUCUUCAUGUUGUUAAUCCAAA